ACAACAUCAAGCAAAAACUCCGAUGAACAUCAGGCUGCUCCACCGAAUAAUUCGAGUUCGUUACUGCAGAGCAGCAUGAAGAAAUCCUCGAGUACGUCCAGCGGUGCGAACAAUAGUAUGAACAACUCCACUAGCGGCGCAACAAUCAAACCAACGCCCUUAUUUCCCCAAACAAACAAGGGCUCGAGUCGAAGGAGC